AAGAUCUGAAGAGUACUGGAGUGGACCUGUGGAGAAAGUGUGUUAGUCUACUGUUCUGAUCUUUCGUGAUGGACGAACCAAUGGAGGCUGAGGCGGAUUCAACACAGCCAGAUUUGAAUCCAGACGAGAAAGACGACCAAUCGAACAAAACCCCACUUUUACGCCCUGGAAACAUGGUGAUGAUGACUAUUACAACUGAAGAUUAUGAAUCACUUUACUGGCCAAAGCUGGAAGGCGCAAUCAACCAGCUACUGACCAUGUCUCCCGGCCAAUACAUGGCUAUCUCCUAUGAGCAGAUGUACAGCUGUGUGUACAAAUGUGUAUGUAAGCAGUUUUCUGAUCGCCUCUACACUGACCUGAUGAACCAUAUGAUACAGCACCUUAAAAAUCUCAACCAGCAACUGCAGUCUAGUAUGCAUGUGGAAAAUUCGAAAUCUUUCUUGGAGAAGUUUUCCUUUUUGGUUAAUCAGUAUAUCUUAGCUCUGGGUGGUAUUGUACCAAUCUUUAACUAUAUGAAUCGUUUUUACGUAGAAACUAAAUUGAAGACUGAUCUUAAUGAAGAGCUGAAGAAACUGUUUAAACUACAUAUAUUAGACCAUCAUAUUAGUGUUUUGUUGACAUUAUUAGAAGAAGCAAAUGCAAAGCCUUUCACAAUUUCACCUCCUGUGAUGGCCAACACUAUCAAAAAUAUUCACUCCAUUAACCCAGAAUAUGCCAAGAUGAAACCUGAGUUGUUUGCAAAAUUCAUUCCAAGUAUACUUCCCCAGACUUCUGUGACUGAUUUGGACCGCUACAUUGAGGAGGCCCAACAAAUACAGAGAGAAUUAAAAGUCCUUCCAGAUUUUGAUAGCUGUCCUACACGGAAGAAACGUACAAAUGAUGAUGAUGGUAGAUUUACCAAAUAGUAUGGAGUAAGGAUGAAAAGCACUUGUGAUAUGACUGUGAGAGGUGAUAACUGAUUGGUGCAACAAGGGAAUGAGUGACCGACUACUGAGGCAUGAGUGUGAGACUGAGAGGGACUAUCUGGCCAAUACCGGUUGUGAGAAUUAUGUUGGAUUGUGUCCGGGCCCAUGUGUGACAGAUGGUACAGAUAGACAAUGGGAUUUCAAUAGUCUACAGUUUAACAACUGUAUUAUGAAUUGUUGUUCUGCUAAAGAUUGGUGAAUUGUGAGGAUCAGAGAAAAUCACCAUACUUCAGUUAUUGGAGCUGUGAUUUUUAUCUAUCGAUGAAGGAGGACUUUUUCCUACUCUGAUAAAACAGGACAAAUAACAGUUUCAGAUUUACUUGACUUUUAUGUUGAAUUUCAUUUUGAAUGGAAUGAAACUACACUAAGUGGAAAAUAUCUUUAACAUUACUUUUACUCAAAACUGCUGUCUUUUGAUUUAUUGGAUCAUAAAUGUAUGGUGUUAACAUGACAGACUAUGGCUUAAGUCAGGACACAGACCAUGAUGUGGAAUAUUCGCUUUUUAGAUAUUUGUAUUUGGUACAUAAUUAUUUUUCUGAUUUUGUUUUAAGAAUUUCAGAACAUAAGAGAUUUAGUUAAAAUAAGUUGAAAUUAUUUGAAAAUGACAAUAAAAACAUUUGACAGAGGAAACCAACACGUAUAGUCAUCAUUCAAGGUAUGGUAUUAAACUGGUCACAUGUAAAAAGAUCAUCUGGCUGUAACUGUCUCUCAGAAAAGUUUAUGGAAUAAUCUGAAAAGUAACAUUUCUAGCAAAAAUAUGUAUUCUACUUGUAUAAAAAUGAUAGGAAGCGAUUGGUUGUACUAUUACAGAUAUAAUUCCUGGUAUACGGUUCUUUGCUUUUUUGUUCUAAAGAACAACAGAAGCCAUGCUAAGGAUUCUUGUCUUUGAAAAAAAAAUGUACAUGAAUUUUAUAUGAACAUUUGAUGUGUGCUAGCAAUCUCUGUGUAUGGAAAAAUAUCACCAUAAGGAAUUGAGUAGCAUUUGACACGGUUAAACCUUGGAUUAUGUUAGCAUGGUUUUUAUGUGAAUUGGUAAUAUAUGGGGAUUAAACUUUGGAUCAUGAUAUGCUGAUCUGUUAUUCUAGAUAGAAAAAACCUUUUGUUGAUACCCUGAAUGUUCAACAAGUCCUCUUAUCAUAACACAAAUGAUGUUUCAUUGUUUUGAAAGUUAUUUUGAUGUCAUCCUGCUUUCUGUUUAUUCUUUCACAAUUGUAUAAUGUUCCUUUAAUCUAUGAUAACUUUCAUUUCCUGUAACUAAGGAAUUUAUAAAUCAAGAUAUGAAGUGAACAAUGGGCAUUGAAUAACUAGCAGGGUAUGGUCAGUAUGUGAAGUGUAUCUUAAAGAAUUAAACAAACAUUUUGAAGCUUUAUACUGGAAACAUACAUAUUGUGCCGAUAAUCUCAUUUCACAGCUUUCUGUGCUGAAAGAAUUACACUAAAAUAUGAUUGUGCUAGCUAAAGUUUCUCUGUGUUGUUUAUAUAACAAAUGAUUAGUCAAAUAGUUACAAUUUGUUGUCUUUCUUAGUUAAACCACAUAUUUUGUAUUUCUUCAUUUGAAAUAUACAAAGUUAAUCAAAUUUGUAUUUACUGUUUUAAUCACUUAGUAACAGAAAAUGUAAACAAUCCAAAAAUAGACUUGGUGGAAAUUAUUAUGGGUCUAUGUUGUAUGUAGUAAAGGUCUGUCUGGUGUAAACAAUCUGUUAUACCAAGGGGUGAGUAUUGAUUGACAUUUCCAGUUCCAUACUUAAGAUAAAAUGCUGAAAGUAGGUUCUUUCAAUGGUAUCAUAACAGUAAUAGUGAUUUUACUAGUGUCCCAUUCUGUUUACAUCAAACUGUUUGUCUGGGAGUCUAUUACUUGGAUGAUCAUCAGUCCACUGUAGGAAUAAUAACCUGUGUAAUCUGUAAUUUCUGUCAGUUAUUUGUGUCUCACGUAUAUGGUUAUCAGUGUCUCUUUAAUUGACCGUGUCUGAAGACUUUGAAAAUUUUACUGAUAGUUGUAAUGUAAUCCUCUACUUUGCCAAAUGUGUAUUACCAGAUAAUUUGCAAUUUAGGACUUCUGUAAUGUCUCAGGUACAUACCAGGGGUAUGUACUUUCACCUUUUUCUCUAACUGAUUAUAAAGACUUUUAAUUACAAUCUACUGUGAAAAUUCAAAUUCAGUUAGAGCCAAACUAACACAAACUAUUUACCUGUAAUCAAAACUUAACUGAUAUAAAUUCAUCAAGAAAAAGAUUUGGUAUUAAGUAGAAAUUUUAGACCUUCAUGAAACCCAAUGAUGUAAUAGGUUCACAUGUGGAGAUACUGAUGACAGAUCCCUUGUAACAUAGCUUCCACAAUAAUGUCCAGCCAUAAACUGGUCAGCGAACAGUGGCCUCAAAUGUGUAACCUACAUUCUGCUUCUAAAAUUGUCUUCCAUUAGAAUGAAUAUGUACUGAUAUACUGUGUAUAAAGACUACCAUGUACCUUACCAGGUGUAAGGAGUUAUUUUUAACUUUUUUUUUUAAACUUUGGGAAUUACAACUGUUGUAACAAUUUACUCUUUGUAGGAUACAGAUUACAACCAGAAACAUCUGAAAUACUGUUAUUCUAUCUGAAAUAUGUAAGAACUUAGUCUGAAAGUUAUUAUUAAGUUGUAUACAUAUUAAGCAUAAUUGAUUGUGAAUGUGAACAUGACAAUAACAAUGAUAAUAAUGCUA